AGCUCAACAGCUUUUUAACUCACCUUUCACUCUCAGAUCAUCCCUGUUUCAUAUACAUCUCUUUCUGAACCCACCUGAGUUUCUCCCCAUUACUCACUCUUAUGUGAGAUUUAUUCUUUCUCAUCACUUUUCUUUUGUUAGUUUAUAAAAAUCAAGAUCCUUGUUUUCCUACAUGGGCCUCCUCUGUUUCGUUUCUCCAAAUGUCCUUUUAAUCUUUCUCUGGAAUCGGAUCUAGCAAUAAGGAACUUGUUUGGUUAAAGGGAUUCAUCGUUCAGACAACAAAGCUCAAGAAUGGAAUCUUUUUCAUCUUCUUGUCCCUAAGAUUCUCACACCUUAGAUGCUUAUCAUCAUCUCUCUUUCUCUCUAAGAUUCCAUUUUUAAAAUGCCAUUUUGAUAGAUCAGAAGUCCCAAAAUCUUCUCUCUCUCUUUGAGUUCCACCAUCGAGAGGCACAAGAUGAACAGAGGAAUCGAAGUCAUGUCACCAGCAACAUACUCAGAGACAUCAUCGAACUGGUUGUUCCAAGAAAACAGAGGAACCAAAUGGACAGCUGAAGAAAACAAGAAGUUCGAAAACGCUUUGGCCUUUUACGACAAAGACACCCCCGACAGAUGGUUCAAAGUCGCAGCUAUGCUCCCAGGCAAAACAGUCGAAGAUGUGAUCAAACAGUACAGAGAGCUAGAGGAAGACGUCAGCGACAUCGAAGCUGGUCUUAUCCAUAUCCCUGGUUAUGCCUCAGAUUCAUUCACGCUCGACUGGGGAGGGUAUGAUGCUGGAAACAAUGGGUUUAACAUGAACGGAUAUUACUUCGCCACCGUGGGAGGAAAGAGAGGAUCCGCCGCGAGAGCAGCGGAGCAUGAAAGGAAGAAAGGUGUUCCAUGGACAGAAGAAGAACACAGACAGUUUCUGAUGGGUCUUAAAAAAUAUGGUAAAGGUGACUGGAGAAACAUAGCUCGCAACUUCGUGACCACACGGACGCCUACACAAGUCGCAAGUCACGCUCAGAAAUAUUUCAUAAGACAAGUCAACGGCGGUAAAGACAAACGCCGAUCAAGCAUCCAUGAUAUCACCACCGUCAACAUCCCCGACUCUCUUGAUGCUGCAGCCGCUGAUACCGCAACCGCUAACGCGCCAUGCUCACCACCUUCACUAGGUGGAAGCCAGCGGGAGGGGUCGGGUCAGUGGGAAGGUCAAACGAUAUAUGAUGAAACAGCGGCUGCAUUUUUCAAUCAAAACACGUUUCAAGAAACGCUACUUGGAAUGUCAUCAACGCCGUACAUGGCAAAACUGCAGGAGCAAAGUUUCCUAAACGCAUCGCAAUUCGAAUCGUAUAAUGCAUAUCUCCAAAUGUAGCACAAGAUGAAGAUCUCUGAAGAAUGCGUUAUUAAUCAUUUAAUAAAACUUUACUCUUUUGUUUUUAUUUAUUCGCCUGCAUAUACAAAAGAAAAGAAACUAGCUGCUACUUUUCAAGAGAUAUUUAUUGUUUUUUUCCUGUGUUUUUGUGGCUGAUUCAAUGAGUUUUCAGAAAAUUAAUUAUUU